GAAGGUGGAGCUGAGAAAACCAUGAUAGCGACAGGCACUUGUGUUAUGAGGGGUGACGAAGCUGAGGAAGACAGUGAGAAUUCGGUCCGUGGAAUGGUCACUUUCGAAUGGGAUGAAACUGAAGAAGUGCUUGUAAAAGGAACUGUCAAGGGAUUGAAACCAGGAAAGCAUGGACUUUAUGUUUGUGCUUUUGGAAAUGUUACUAAUGGCUACACCAGUUCAGGAGCUCAUUAUAACCCCUGUGACAAAAAACAUGGUGGACCAGAAGAUACCGACAGACAUGUUGGCGACCUGGGUAACAUUGAAGCUGAUGAUGAUGGUGUCGCUAAUUUUGAAAUGCACAAUCGGCUUCUUCGUUUGGCAGGAAAUUAUUCAAUAAUUGGACGCACUUUGGUGGACCUUCACACAAACAGCAAGUGCCAAGAGAGAUGCAUGAGGACGAAUCUUCAGAGGACCUUAUUCCUUCUGAGGCUGCAUCACCACAGAACUUACAACCAUAUACCAGUGCAAACAUUGGCUCUUCCAUGGGUGUAGUUAGAGUGUUAUUUGGGUUUUCACUGGUGAUUCACAAUUCACAAGUGAGCACAAGCAUAUAUUGAUGACAGUGGCAACUAUAGAGAGACGACAUUGAGGAGUGCAAUCCUCUUUACGUUCUGCUCUGCUGGACACAGAUGCUGAUCCCUGGGCACGAUUGUUGAGCAGAAGAAUGCUGGAGGUACAUAAACUUUGUUAGACACAAAAAAGUGCCAUGCACAGUCACCUCGAAGGUGGAGAAGAUGGAGUCCAACUUGCACACUAGUGAAUUAGUAGUUCAGGGAACUGCAAGAAUGUCUGCCUUGGGAAGCGAGGCUUCCUUUGUGGAGCUUCAGGUAGGUUCCCUUAAGAGUCCAUGCAGAUCAUGACCAUGGCCAUUCAGAGUUUGGAUGCCAGCAUAUCUGUUGCCUGAAGCAGAAUGACUGAUAAUAUAUGUAGCCUUACAACAUGUCAUAGGUCUUCAUCAAACUUGUCUUCAGCAGAGCAGUUGGAGUGAUGUAAUGCUGGCCCAGCAGAGUUAUGAUUGUGAAAAGAAAGAUGGAAGUGGGAACUCUACUCAAAGUACUCCCACUUCCUGCCUGUUGCCUUUCCUCAGCUAAUACCCAUCAUGCGACCGUGUCUCCCAUUAGGUGUGUCCGCUCAUGUGUGAUGCCAGGUGGGGCAGUCUUUCAUCUCUCAAUCCAGAGCAGUAAGGCAAAAACAUCUGAACAGUUAGGACAGGGAUCUGAGCAAAUAAAAGCAGAAAAUGCUGGAUCAAAAUCCUAGGGGUUACCAUUGACCAGAAACUGAACUGGACUAGCCAUAAAAAUACUGUGGCUACAA